AUGAAUGAUCUCAUGACGAAAUCGUUCACGAGCUACGUGGAUCUGAAGAAAGAAGCCAUGAAAGACCUGGAAGCCGGAGGAGGGGAUCUGGAGAUGGGGAUGACGAAGAUGGACUUGAACCUCUCGGCGUUCUUAGAGGAAGCCGAGAAGGUGAAGACGGAGAUGAACUCGAUCCGCGAGAUCCUGGUGCGGUUGCAGGAAUCCAACGAGGAGAUCAAGGCUCUGCACAAGCCGGAAGCCCUAAAGUCGCUGCGCGACCGGAUGAACGGCAACAUUCUCGCGGUUCUGAAGAAGGCCAGGGCGAUUAGGGCUGAGCUGGAGGAGAUGGACCGCUCCAACGCGGUGAACCGGCGGUUAUCGGGGUGUAAAGAGGGAACUCCAGUGGACCGGACCCGUUUGGCGGUGACGAAUGGUCUGAGGAAGAAACUGAAGGAAAUGAUGAUGGAUUUCCAGGGGCUGAGGCAGAGGAUGAUGAGCGAGUACAAGGAAACCGUUGGCCGGAGAUACUUCACCGUCACCGGAGAACAACCUAAUGAAGCGGUGAUUGAGAAGAUCAUCUCUAACGGAAACGGCGGUGAAGAAUUUCUGUCCAGAGCAAUUCAGGAGCAUGGGAGGGGGAAGGUGUUGGAGACAGUGGAGGAGAUACAGGACAGGCAUGAAGGGGCGAAGGAGAUAGAGAGGAGCUUAUUGGAGCUGCACCAGAUAUUCAUGGACAUGGCAGUAAUGGUGGAAACGCAGGGGGAGCAACUGGAUGACAUCCACCAUCACGUCAUCAAUGCUUCCCAGUAUGUUAACGAUGGAGCCAAGGAUCUGAAGACAGCAAAGAUGCAUCAAAAGAGCAGCAGGAAGUGGAUGUGCAUUGGGAUCUUCCUUCUCUUGAUCAUCAUUCUUCUCAUCAUAAUCCCAAUUGCCACCAGCUUUGCCAAAUCUUGAAACACUCACUUGCCUGUCUGUAUUCUUUUAUUCUUUUCUAGUCCUUGUCUUAGGACUCUAUGGUGUAUGGUAUGGUUUGUGUAAGCCCCAUUUCAAACUAUAUUUUGGUUUGUAAUAUGAAUUUAUCAUGGAAUGGUACUUCAAUCUGCUUGUUGCA